AUGCCGUCGCUCAUCCUGCAUUGGAGAUAUCGCCUGCUCGGCGGACUGAUAACAACACUCCUCACUCUCUUCCUCUAUCAAUUCGCCACCCGAGAUCUCUUCCUCCUGUCUGCUCCCGUGGUACACCAUGCUCGCGCCUUUCCGACCACCGAGUUUCUAGCCCACGCCCCCGGGUUCUCAGUCAUUCAAAACCUCUUUUGGCGCAAUGGGACGUUUUACUUUGUAACCGACCAGCCAUGGCAUAUCCCGCCUAUCGCACAGGUCGUCUCGCUAUCCACCGACAGGACACGGAAGUUCGACGACGGGCGAGUUGCAGCGAAGAUCAAGGCUAUCCGCCUCCCGCCCGUGAGUCCAGAGGUCAAGGAGCAGAAUCAGAUCGGGGACACUAUCAGUCUCGAGGAUGCCGAACGCGAGUUUGGUGCCGCGGAAGUCAUUGAAGGGCCUAUGAUCAUCAACAACGAUGAUAACUUUACGGCACACUGUGAGUUUUGCUCCCUAUGUUCUCAUUCGACAUUAAAGAGACGAGCAUCGAAGACUACCACUGGAUCGGUGAGCUUCACCGUCUCAUCAGUGCUGCAGCAUGCUAAACGAGUUAAAUACGCGAGUCCAGGCGAAAUGUUUCUCGGCGUUUGGAGAGUCUGGCAUCACCACGGGUGGCGCACGGGUGUCCAGCUGCCCGAAAUCCGACGCAUCGCAUACACGAAGCAACACUCCAAGGCGGACGCCCCGCCCGGCGCCAACGUCUGGUUCAUCGACAAGUUCUUCCCGGGCAUCCAAUGGGACACCAAAACGACAUGGGACGCGCGCGCGGCCGCGGACAAGACGUACCGCAUCACGACGGCCAUUCUCGGCGAUCGCUCCGCCGGGCACGCGGGCCCGUCCUCGGCGUACAAGCCCUUCGGCGACGUCCUCCGUUUGCCGGUACCCCCCGACUGGCUCGCCGGUCUCAAGGCCCGCGUCCUGGGCGAGUACCACGGCCCCACCCCGCUGUCGAUGCCCGACACGCCGCUCGUCCUGUAUCUCCAACGCCAAACGCCAAACCGACGGCCGCAGACUCCUUCUGCCGCCCCCUGGAGUGUCCGACACGCGGAUGCGAGGGCCCGGUGGGACUUAUCAACGGCGUCGUGCGCCUCGAUCCAUCAUCCGGGGGUGGUGACUGGUGAGAUACGCAGGAUGUUCAUUGUUGGCCGUGGAUGCGUGAUGGGUGAUGGGUGA